AUGGUGAGCAAGGCACCGCCAGUCCCUCAACCCAGCCACUCACAGGAACCCACUACCAAUAGGGAGGCUGACGGCCAGGUAAGUCCUCAAAAUGCCACAGCAGAAGCAUCUGGAGAGGAGCUUCCGAAUCCAGCCUCAGGUGACAGGAUCAUUGAAGAACAGCAUGAUGGUCCUCUGAAUGCAAAUCCCGGCCCUGAAGGAACGAGGGAAUCAGGAGAGGUUCCUCCUGGACAUGCAAGUGCACAGCAGCUGAGGCCAGAAACAAGGGUUCACAAACCAGCUGAUGAUCACUUGUUCACGUGGGCUGCUGUCGGACUUACCUUUGCUAUAGUUGUUCUUCUCUUUAAGAAGUUUAUGAAAGCUAGUGGAUAUGCAGCUGUUUUCAUGGAUGGAUCGUGA